AUGCUGCAGACGACAUCCAAAAGUGAAGACACGAGUUCUCAGCUGACGACAAAUGUGGUAACGUUAAACUGCACGGAGAUCACGGGCGUCCAUAGAGCCAUGAACAUAGAGAAGUACAGUACUUACCUGAAAUUACUUCGUGUCGCCGCUUAUGUACACAGAUUCAUCCGCAACUGCAGAAGACCAAGAGAUGAAAGACUAACCAACAGCUUGUCAGCAACAGAACUAAAAGAGGCAGAAGUUACAUUGCUGAGAUCGUGUCAAACAACCAACUUUCAAGAUGAAAAACAUGUCCUGACCAAAUUGAUUGUGUUCGAUGUCCACAAGAACCAACUUCAUUCCGGAGUUUACAGUACCAUUACACAGAUCAGACAGAAGUACUGGAUACCAUCCAUCCGCCAGUGUGUAAGAUCGUUACUAAGGACAUGUAUACAGUGUACCAGAGUAACCGGAAGACCCUAUGCAGCACCAGACCCACCUCCCCUCCCCAAAGUCAGAGUAAGCGAAGCCCCGCCCUUCAGCGUCACAGUUGUAGAUUUCACUGGCGCAUUAUUUGUAAAGAACGCUACCGGAAGUGAAACGAAAUGCUACAUCUGCCUUUUUACAUGCGCAUCAACAAGAGCCGUCCAUUUGGAAGUUGUACAAGACCUAUCAACCGACUCGUUCCUUCAAGCGUUUCGGAGAUUUGCCAGCCGGAAGUCGUUGCCCAUGGUGAUGAUAUCAGACAAUGCUGCGACUUAUAUUGCUGCUGCUAAUCACCUUAAGAAGCUAUUCAACUCCCAAGUCUUACAAGAAGAGCUCAGCAGAAAGGGAACAGAGUGGCAAUUUAUUCCCAAACGUGCACCAUGGUACGGUGGUUUUUGGGAACGUCUCAUCGGACACACUAAGACGUCUCUAAAGAAGAUCCUCGGAAAACGAUACGUGUCCAUGGAAACGUUGCAGACGAUAGUAACAGAGAUUGAAGCUGUUAUCAACGAUAAACCGCUAACGCACGUAUCAUCAAGCAUCGACGACCUGGAGCCGUUAACGCCGUCACAUCUUCUUUAUGGCCGCAAGAUGACGUCACUUCCGCAUCACACACAUUUACCCGACGAUGAAAUGACGCAAAUUCAAAGUGACCAGACGACACUUACCAAUCGGGCGAAGCAGCAGUCAGACAUCAUCGAACAGUUCUGGAGACGUUGGAAGUCGGAGUACUAA